GUUGCUUUCCCCCCCCCCCCCCCACACCUUGGUAACUGUUUUUUCUUUCCAAAAGAAUCUCCAAUUCCCUACAAUAUGAGUUGUCCCGUCUCGGCUGUUCCAAUGGCCUGGAAAGGCUCGGGAUGGCCUUGGGGCAGCCCGCGCUCCAAAUGACGAAAGGAGUCUUCAGGUUUUUCAGUUCUUCAGAGUUGUUUAUUAAUUCUUAUCUACAAUAUUUACUCCUGGCCCGACAGAGGUCCGCACAGCAAGCCAGCCAUGAGCACACUGACUGCCCUCGGGGCGGUCACUUAUCUUUAUACCAAAAACUACGUGUAAGAUAUUUACCUUUUCUCCCCAAUACCUUUCACCCUUAUUGACAAGUGCACAUUCAGUAAGAGCCAAUCUCAAAGUGCCACCACCACGACUGAAGAUGGAUGACAAGAAGAAGAAGGACAGGACACGCCCUAAUUCCUCCAUCUUGUCUCCUAAAAACCCCCCUGUACCGAAAUUCCAAAACCUGUGUUUCACACUAUAAUCAAUCUAUUCCUUCACCACUUAUCCCCGUGUGAUCCUCCCAUCCUCAUACAGGUGUUACAUCCUGUGCAGGAUCAAAGCCUAGCCACCAAACACUUCUGGCAACGUUCCAGGACCUCCGAGCCCCCCAAGGGUUGUCUCAGUGCCUCUGCACAUCAGGAAUGCUGUACUGAGUUCCCACAAUGAGUAAGUAAUAUUGUUCAGUUCAAAUGAUGUCUGGAGUGUGAAAAACAGAAUCAACAUCAGGUUUAUAGUAAGCUGAGAAUAGGUACUGAUUAAUUUAGGAGGUCUUUUGAGGAGAAAUAUGACAAUGUAUGUCUGCCUACUUUGCUAGGAGAAGAAGGGUCAGUUGGUAGUAUAGUGCACCAAAGUAUUGAUGCUAUGAGAUAUGGAAUUUAAAAAGGAAAAUUUUACCUCAUUAUAUAAAGAGAAUUCUGCUGCCAGGCCUCUUAGUAUGUGUAUAAUUCCAUUCUGCAAAAAGCUUCCUGAUACCUGGCUUGUGAGGAUAAGAUCCAUAGUGAAUAAGGUACAAAAGCGAAAAGCAAGAUUGCUGCAUGGUCUCAUUAAGUUGUAAAAAUGGAUUCUAGUCUUCAGAAAGAAGUUACAGCCAAGAUGGAAGCUUUAGGUUACCAGGCAAUAUAAAAUACAUGUUCAUUUCCAGCUGUACUAUAGACUGCUGGUCUGAUUUUAAGGUGAAUACACUAUUCCUGUGCCUUGGUUUUCCAUUUGUAAUGACUCAUUGUGAGUCACGAGUGGAUGACUCAGAGAUUGUGGACAGUACAGCUCCUAUGGAUUGAAAUCAGAGCCAGCCUGAAAGGUACUGAUAUGGAUUUUCCUGCAAUGCACAGGACUAUGAAUGACAAGCUGUACACAUGCAGUGCAGUUCAUGCAGGUCUGCUAUAAUUUUCUUUUCUGCCUGAGAAUGAUUUUCAGCAACCUUAUUGUUACAACCUUUACACAUCUGAAAAAUGUAGUACUUAGUUUUCUGAUUUGUUUCAUCUGUGGUGUUCUUCAGGCAAUUAGAUGAGCCACAGUUAGAGCAUUCACAUUUUUUAUGGAAUGUAGUACAGCGUAUCUUCUGGUACAACUGUAGCACAGCAUAGAGCUGUAGUUGUAAAAAAAUAUAAAUUACUUCAUUUUCAAUAAGCUUUGUGUCAUUUUAAUGUACAAACUGGGUCCUUUUAAAUUAUUGACUAGUGCCAUUACUUCUUGCCUUUAAAUUUCGACAUUCGCUCUGCCAACUCUGCAAUUCCGUAAGAAUUUCAGAUGUUGUGACUUAACUUAGGUAUCUUUAUCUAGUAUGACAAUCAUAAUCAUCUAAAUACCACUAUACUUCCUUCCUAAAAGUUCAAAAAUGUAAUAGAGGAUUAAGUUAUUAAACAAAUAGAAGUAAUUGAUUAUUUGAAGAACAUUAAUUUCUCAAAGUGUCUACCAUGUGGUUCACAACUUUACAAAAGCCAAAAAGAGCAAAUUGUUGUUCAUGUCCUCUCUCCAUUAUCACAUAUCAGUGAGAAUCUCCUCCUGAAUACGGACUUGCCCCAGCUCAGAAGAAAAGGUUGUUUAGCUCUUACUUCCAUCAGACUCAUCAAGUGCCUUCAGUUUUAAUCUAGUACUCCAAAAUCUCAUAUCAUUAGUUGUCAUUUACAUUAAAUACAAGGUGAAAUGAAAAGCCAUCCAAAUACAAAAAAAAAAAAAAUUUUGGAAACAAGAUGUAAAGUUAAAUGUUGCAACAUCCCAACUAGUUAUUUCAUUAAGCUGAUUCAUAACACAUCUGUCCUUGCCUGGGGACUUAUAUAUGAAUGGUACUAAAUAGGUAAGUAAUUGGGCAAACAUUUGUUAAAUUUGCCUGUUUUGGAUCCACAGCAAUCUCCACUGCUAGCAGGAAAGUGAGCAGUGUGAUGAAGAAGUGAUGGUCUGUGACAUGAUUAACAAUGUGGAAAGUGUGUGAUCUCUUUCUAUGCCACCAGGUGACAGAUGCAAUCCCCCAUGUACUCCUGCAAGUUACAAAACACUAUUAUGUGCUCAUCCAGGCAUCCCAAAGGUCUGCAAGAAAGUGCAUCAUGGUUAAUUAUAAACUGCCAUGACACAGAACUAAUUCUUGAAUAAUUCAACUUUUGAUAUUACAUUUGCAGCUGAAGCCAUUUCCAAAUAUGUGAUGGAACAAAAAAUGCAGGUAGCACUGGCCUCUAACUGCAUUACAAUUGGAUUUAAGUAAUUUCUUACAAUGGGGCGUUCUUGAGUUUCCAUUAGCUGUGUGAAUGACCUCUAAUCUCUAAUGCAAACUGAAAGAAAAAAAAAGCUUCUUGCUCUGUAUUGUACAAAAAGCCUUCAUACAGCAGCACUGCCAUCUGCUGCUGCUUUGCUUCUGUGCAUGCCAGUGGUGGUUUGUGUUGCAAAGCAGCCGCAGGGAAGGUGCAGCUUGCUGCUAGUAGGUAACUGAGGCAGUAACAUUUUCUAACACUCAGGGAUAACGCGUUUGUAGUUCUGCAGAUGGGUACAAUUGUCACAAGUGAACUUUUUUUUUAACAUAGGAAAGUAGUACAGCCAUUUGUCAGGUCUGAUAUAUCACAUUCCAGCUGAACAGUAGCUCAAAAUGUGUACAUUUGUGUGCAUGUGCUAUACCCAAGGAAUACAUUAUACCUUUGAAUAUACUUCCGUGGAGUUAAUCUGUACACAAACCAACACAUUUGAACAGAUCUAAAAUAUUCCCUGUGGUCUGCAGGAGUGCUGCAAACCCAAAGCAUGAAUGACUCGUGCACAGGAUUAAUUCAAUGCUAUCGGGGUGUAUUUGAUCAUAUGCAAGCAUUUGUGUGGCCCAUAUGCCGUUGGUCCAACAGGUCCCAGAUGUGUCACAGAUGCUCUGAAUCAUUCGGACACAGGCAGGAUGCAGCAGGUACUGCCAGAACACCGAGUUACUAUCACAGUCCUAUCAGGCUACUGGUUCAUUGCUUAUCAUAAGCCAGGAGAUGACAGUUUAUGCUUCUGAGAAUAUUUCUACACAUUUACAGUGCCUGGUGCAGGGUCUCUUGCAGUUCGUCAUGUGCCCACUGAACUCUCUCUGCUGUGCUAAGCUCAAGCCUACAGCUCAAACCUGCUCCUGCUUAGGGAUUCAGUUCUGGUACUGACAUCACCUCUAACUUGACCAAGCCCUGCUGCACACUCAGCUUGUUGCCACCACUGUUGCCGGUUCAAACCAGCCACGUCUGUCCCACAGACUGCUACAUGCUGUGCUCAGAAAUGCCAGAGGACAUGACACUUCUGCUUUUGUUCUGGUUUGGAACAGAGCUAGGUAAGAGGCUAGGACAGAGGUUUCUACUAGAAUGUUCUUGAACCUGGAAAGCUUCCCAAGCCAGAACCUACCGUGAAUCAUACAGAUGAUCCAAUUGCUCUUGGAUACUUGAAUUCUUUUCUAGGACAAUCACCUUCAAUGCACAGAGAACAGAAAAUUGCAUCCAAAGCAACAAAGUAUAGAAUGAUGGGUAAGGAGCAUAAUAAUGGAUAUAAAUAAUAGUUGCAUAAGAUAGAUUUUCCCUUCCCACAGAAUCACUAAGUUUCAUUAUUCUCAUUCUUCCGUCCUUUGAAGGCAUAUUUAUUGUUAAAAACAAGUUAAGAGCUAUUGAAGACAUUGGCAGGUACUGAAAAACAGUUCUGUUGCUUACUAGCCCAAAUCUCCAGCAGGGUAAAACGGACAAAGAAAGUCCUAUAAACCAUUUUGUUGGUGAGAUCUCAGUUCACACUCAGUUAAUUGGCCUGUUUUGUAGGACUUAAUCUGGUGGCAUAAGAACCUUGAAAUAAAUCUCUUACCUACGAUUAGAGAUGAAGGAGAGAUUACCACAGGCAGGAGAGUUGAAGUGGUUUUCUCCAUCUUCAUUGGUGAGUCAGUGUGAAGACAGAGCAACUACAGAAACAUCAGGAAACCAGUAUUUCAGCCAUUCUCAGGAUGUCCAAUUCAGGUAUUUUCUCCAUUGAAUUCAACAAGUUACCAGUUUCAAGAUCCCAUUCAGUCCUCUGAAGCAGGUUAGUGGUUUCUUUUAUAAUAUCACAAAUGGCAAUGUAUGUUUAGUUAAAUAGCACAUUUUAGCAAAAUCAGUAAGAUAAGAUGUGGCUUGUUUAUGACAAAAUUGCAAAAUUUCUGUGAACAAUUUGUAUGUAAUAGGUAAAUAUUAUUAAAAAAUAGCUGUGCUAUGUCUUCUUCAAUAUAGUUAGGGAAAUUUGAUAGCAAAGGAACAGCUAGGCGACAUCUUGGAAGCAAAUUGUAUGGUGAUGGAAGCUGUGUUUAAAGUUAAAUCAAUUUUAAUUAGACAAAGAAAGCUUGAGAACAGUAUUGAUAGUAUGGGAGAGAUUUCCACAUUUAUUUGUCUUCUUUUGUUGAAAGAAGUAUUUCUCCCUUUAUAGAAUAAAAUCCAGUUUACUGUCCCAUAGCUGGGGAAAUUAUGUCUGUGUGUAUAUAAUUCAUAACUCUGCAGUGGCUCACAUGCACAGGUUUUUAACAACUAUGACAGAGGCGUUAGUUCCACUGAAAUGCUGGGAGCAUUUGUGGCUUUACAGUAACCCACUGCCAACUAUGACUUGGAGAAGAACAGGCACAUGUUGCAGAGCAAGACUGACAUUUUUAGCUCAUAAUUGCAGUUCAGCUCUUUCAGCUGGAAAAACUUUCUUCAUGGUGCUCAAAAAAUUAUACUGCACAGCUGUGCAUGUGUUACAAUAGAUCUUCCACUGAUAAAUGUAUUCAAUACUUUGUUAAACAGGGAAAGAAUAAUGUUAUGAUGCAUUUAUAAAAGUCUUCCUGAUGUGAAGAGAGUCUUAUUAUCAGAAAUAAAUUCAGUAAACUGUUAGCACAGGUGAAAAUCUUAACAUAAGUAUCCAUGUAGAAGGCUGGGAACAAGGAAUGGAAUAGAUCACUUGCUCUUCUGUCCCAGACUCAAUGCACUCAGGAUUUCAUGAGAAGUAGUGUCUCCCAAAGAUCAAUCCCAAGCAUAUCAGUGACAGCCAGGGUCAGUCAACAAGUGGCCUUUGAACUACAACCACCAGUCAUUCCACCCCUUUAUCUGGCACUAGGACUCCAUGAAAUCACAGAUCUUAUGCUGCUGGUGUGGGUAGCACUGUAAGAUAAAUGUCAAUAUUCUGUGAAAUCUGAUCCUACAACAAUACUAAAAAUUCACAAAGGAAGCUAAGAAUACCUCAUGAGAAUUUCUCAUGAGACAAGGAAUUACUAGGAGAAUUUUUCUUGCACAGAGGUUUUUAACUUUUUUUAAACAUCAGGCAUCUGAAAAUUGGGGAUGGAAUAGCUCCAUGAGAUUGAAUGUAUCCCUGCUGAUGGAACUCAACUUCAGAUUUCUUUACAGCUAGAACACGACAAAGUCUCAAAUCUGUAUCUUCCAAAAGCAACAAUGCCUCUGGAGUAGAUUAAUUUUAAGCAGAGUAGAACUAUUUACAACUUUUGUCCAAAUGGUAAAACUAAAUAUGUUUAGCAAGUAGGGUGUUUUCAGUGACACUGUAACUAAAUGUGUGCUGAACAAUUUUGAGGCAUUGUUCAAAUAUGUGCGUGUGUUUCACAGAAACGAACAGCGAGUGAUGCAUUCAUGUGUGCUGGCCAUUGAACAUGAGCUGCGUAUCAGCAAUCAGUAAAUUUCACAACAAAUUUCUCGCUGUUGUGAGCUCUGAGGCCUGGGCAUCAGGGGCAAAUAGAUCUAUUAGCAGCCAUCAUUUACAGUUAUUUAAGGUCAAGUCACAAACUGCUUAACUGGUGAAGCAAUCAAAGGUACUGUCUCCAGGCUUAGCAGGCUUAUUCAGGCUGUCAGCUGAACUCACAGGGAGGCUCAAUUCUGUACCACCAGAGCAUGAUCCCUUCAAAUGAGGUCUGAACAGUACUGGAGAAAAAUGGUGUGAAGCAAGUGGUGGAAUUUUAUGACUAUUCUCUGGACAUUUCCGUAAGGUCUAUCAUUUAUAUGAUUAUCACAAUAUGAUCACAAUAAAUAUUCAGUCAUAAUUAAUAAUCAACCUUAACAAUCAUUACAAUUAGGACCCUGUUUCUGAACUUUAAAAUUCAGAAAGCUGCUGGCCUCAACACCUCCAGAAAUAGACUGAUAAGGAAAAAUACUGUGCAUUUUGCACACUAUUCUCUGUAUUGUACAAAAGAUACACAGAGCUGAAUAGCUUUAAGAGGAAUUGGUUUUCUCUGUAAAUGCAGGAGUAAAUAAAUGAAACUUGAAUUAAUUAGAUAUCACAGGCCUUAAAAUCUUAGCGUAUGAAGAUAUUUAACCAUAUCCUAAUAUGAAUCACACAACCUAUUCCUUGCCUGUACAAACUGAACUGAUUCCUUCUGACGUAAACACAUGAAGAUGCUGGCAUUCUGUUACCUUUUCCAACUGCACUCUGCAACAAUCUGCUUAUCCAAUGCUAAGCUUCACUGCAGCUGGGGACCCUCUACUGGGUCAGUGCAGCCCUACUUCUGUCCAGCUCGUCUGCCCCAGGUGUUUUUCAUGCUGUUUUUGCUGAUACAAAUUUUAUUCAGUAAUAGCAUCCACUAACUUAGAGAUAUAUAAGCAGCAUGAUAUUUUCUAUUUCCCCAGAUUUACAGGAUUACAUUUUACUGUUUAUAAAUGCCAUUGUAUUACUGGAAUUAAAUUACCGUAUAAUUAUAUAAUGCUGAGUUUUACAAUAUAAAAUCACUCUAAUGAAAGUUGCCAAAGGAACAAGACAAGCAAGAUUUCUGGAAAGAAAAAAAGAAGGCUGUAUAUAUGUUUAUUCACCUUUUGAACACAAACCUGACCAUAACACAGGAAUCUAAUAAUAAUAAAUACCUGUAAUUGUUAAAAAAAGUACAGGCAACAAGUAGAAGGGAAAGAUGCUGGGAGUCUUCUGAAGGGAAGAACAUAGGGCCAGUUCACUUUUAGAUACCAGGUCUGCACAGAAAAUUGGUCUUGACAAAAAUUCAUAGGAAUCCAGAGUCUCUGUUCAUACUAUUCACUUAGUUCUAAGGACCAACUACAGCAAUUAAAAAUUACUACUUAUAUUUUGUAACAAUGUGAAUCACUUAAAAAAAAAAAUUUCACGGGGGCACUCCCUUGGCAGGACUCAGAGUGCGUGAGGCUGAACAGGAAGUUCUUUUGUAGGCUCUAUAAAUACCUGGUCAAACAGACAGUAAUCUCUCUCCCUCUUCUUCAGAUUUCCACUGCACGCCUUGGAUCCAUGCUCCUAAUCAGCUUAUGAGCUUCCCUUGACCUACGCUUCUUGUCCUAAUGCGUGUCUGACUAUGGCUGUCCUCAAAGUCAAAUUCACCAAAACCAAGAGGGACAAAUUGGCUCAGAUCUUAUGGAUCCUCAACUGGGUUUCUGUAGUGAGUGGGAUCAUUCUCUUCAGUCUUGGCCUCUUUCUGAAAAUAGAGAUCAAGAAGCGCAAUGAAGUGAUGGCAAAAGGGGACAUUAACUCUGUCCCCAACAUGCUGAUCUCUGUAGGGGUCAUAGCAUGUAUCAUCAACUUUCUGGGGGGCAAAAUCUGCUAUGACUGCUCAGAUGCAAACAAGUUCUCUCGCUGGAAACUAGUAAUGCUGCCAUACAUCGUAUGUACCUUCUGUUUUACCUUCUGCAUCCUGGUGGGUGCUCUCAUGUGCUACACCAUGAGGAACGAGCUGGAAGAGUCUCUCUAUCUGGGACUGAGGGAUGCCAUUAAGUUCUAUAAAGACACAGACAUACCUGGGCGAUGUUUCUUAAAGAAAACAGUGGAUUUGUUACAAAUUGGAUUCCAUUGCUGUGGAAACAAUGGCUUUAGAGACUGGUUUGAAAUUCAGUGGGUAUCUCCUCGGUAUCUGAAUAUGGCUUCCAAGGAAGUUCUGGACCGCCUGAAGAGCAACGUUGACGGGAAGUUCUUGGUGGAUGGAGUCCCCUUCAGCUGCUGCAAUCCCAGCUCACCACGGCCCUGCAUCCAGUACCAGCUGACAAACAACAGCGCUCACUACAACUACGAUUUCCUCACAGAGGAGCUCAAUAUCUGGAUGAAGGGGUGCAGACAGGCCCUGCUGGAUUACUACACUGGUAUUAUGAGAUCCAUUGGCAUUGCAGCAUUGCUUAUUUGGUUGUUUGAGCUCUCUGUACUCAUUGGUGUCCGGUACCUGCAGACAGCCAUGAAGAAUGUCCUCCUGCUAGGAGAUCUGGAGGGUGAAUCAGAUGGUUGGUUACUAGAAAACAGUUUUGUGGAAACUGCCAAAUACAACAUCAGCAUCAUUAAGAAUCUCGGCAAAGCCAACCAGAUCUCCACUGUCUCAGGCAUGAACGACCCCAACAUUAAUGUUCAAAACACAGACUGUGACAAAACUAAUAUUACAACAAAAUCUAUCCCUGCAGCUAGGUAGGCAAAUCUUCCAAGAAAUGACAUCACAAGUGUAGCUUUGCUCUAUUACAGUCCUACAGGCACCAGAUUUUAUCUGGUGGGGGAAAAAAAGUAGAAAAACUAGUAAAUUGAACAAACCAGACUGGUGACAGCUCCAAAAAUGCUGAUACUUCGUUGGAUGGAUGUGUUUUUACUUGUAAAAUUCCUGAUUCUCAACACUGCAAGAAAUUUCUGGAAUCUCCCCCACUUUCUCUACUUUACUUAGAGACUUCUAUCAUGGUCUGAAUGCAUCACAGUAAUCAUUAUGCACAAGCAAAUAUUUCAGACAAGGUGAGUACACGUACAAACAUACAGAUUAGUUGACUAGGAACCAAAGAUGUCAUUACACCUAUAAAAUCUCAGGAGCAGGGAAAUCAUAAAAGAAAUUAUUACACUGGAUAAAAAGCUUAUUUAUAAAAAAGAAGACAAAACCUGAAGUGAAGAUUCUGCUGGUGCAAGUUAGUAAAGGGGAAAUUUUAACAAAAAUAUACAUAUAUGACAGCCUACAAGAAUCCACCAUGUACAUGAAAUUCAGGUGAAGUCAAUAAAAGUUACCACAAAAGUAUUUCACUUGUUUUUCCCAAAAUGUCUAAAGUACCUUUUCACUUUCCCCUCCAACAGUUUAGAGAAUGCUAGUUGCCCCACUUCCCUGAAAGUCAAAAUACAACUGAGAGGAGUUCUCUGCUUAAGAAAACUGCUGGCUUGUGCAGGGGUAUUUAAACUUCCAAUUAGCAUGUGAUAGCACAAGUUUAAAAACAAGUAGAUACUUUCUACGAAACAAACGCUGAUGAUCCUAGAUGCUUGAAAGCUCCUAGUUUCAAAAGUACUUAGCACACUGAUCCAGGGGUGGGAAAGUAAGAGGUUUGUAAUCAAUGAAGGCAGACAGACUGACAGCUUGCACAUCAUGCCCCUGCUACAGUCCCCAGGAGCUCUGUCAAUGCAUGGAGUGAAAGGCUUCAAUGCACAAAACACCUGAAGUUAUAGGAUGCCCUAGGACUGUAACUGAUCAUUAAGAGUCAGCAGGAGAAAAGUACCAAGAAAAAACAGAGGUGGAAAGACCAAAUGAAAUAUUUUACACGUUACUGCUGUGAGUGCAUUCUUUAGAUAAUCAAGUAAACAAAAUUUUAUCACUGAAAUAUUUUAAAUAAAACCAUUCCUGCUUUUGAAACUGUGCAAAAUAACAGUAAAAAUUUCUCUACCUAAAUACUGUUGUAUCCCAUGAGAAAAAGCAAAAAUUAUACUAUAAGGAUAUAUUGUAAAUAAAUUGUGCAAUGCAAUAAUCUGUAGUGUAAUUCCAGGAGUCUAUGUGCAUGACCAUAAUUUCAACUGUAACUCCUUCACUGCCUAACAUGAUAGGCCUACACUUAAGUAUGUUAAAACACCUUCAAAGAACUAGAUUUAUAAACUGAGACUUCUUUCUACAAGAACUGCUAAUUGUCCCCUUUGCACUGCACUUACCUGUAUGCCUACUUCUUGUCUUCAUUGCAAUCACUUUGCCCAGUGGGUGAUUAAAACUUAACUGGUGUGUAAUUCCUUCAGCCAUUUCUGGAAGCCAGAAGUACUUACCAGCAGCUCUAUAAUUAGCUGAUGAUACAGGCUGGAAAAAAUGAAUGCAGAAAGUUGUGGUUCCUUGAGGGAUCAGGGAAAAGACACUCCUUGUAUUGCUAACUAAUCAGAUUUUGCAUGUUUUUCUUUAAAUGCAGUGUAAUUUUUUUUCAGAUAAGUAUGCCAAGUGUUAUCUGUGUCAGUCAAUAGCAGUCACUUCCUCAAGACAAUUUUAUUCUGUUUUUGGUACAACACUCCUAGACCUCAAUAACUAAAGCUUGUAGAAUUAUAAGAACCGUAAGCUUACUCAUUUGAUAGCUUUCUAGUUAAUGGGCUCGUCAAGAGUCUGCUCUGAAAAAACAGAUUUGGAAGGAAGAGUGAACUGAUGAGCCAGCCUCAGCAUCUCUGUCAAGACAAAAAAAUGCCAUCCAGCAGCAGCUGUAACACACUACCACAAAGAGCAGAGGUGCAAGUAUCCAGCUAUACAAUCUUCUCUGGCCCCCACACAGAUAAUUUACUUGCAUAUGAACAAAACACAUUUUACCGUAAAAGAUUCAGCAGCAUUUAACACAUUAAACUUUGUCUCUCAGCUAAACUGCAGCAGUGGAAUGUGACUGGUUUUGAAAUUAGCUGACUUUCAGCAUACAUCUCACAGGCAACAGUCCUUGUCUGACCUAUUACCAGUAAUCACUAAGUCAUUAGACUGCUAAUUCCUAUCCUGUCUAGGCAUUCAGAGUCUCCACCGAUGGGGAUACAUUACAAAAAGAUAAAAGCUCACUUCACAGUAUCAGGAUAAAAUUUACUUUUGUUAAUAAAUGCUUUUUUCUUUGCUUUGUAUUUACUGAUUUCCUCAGAACAUGGAAGUGCUACACCCUACAUAUCCCAGCUUCCUUUAUAGCACCUGUCAUGACCGUUUAGGUUUCCUGUAGUAUUUAACACCAGAGGCACUGGAUCAAGGAAACAAACUCAGGCAGCAGCACAGACUCCAUCUUUAACUCUCCGUAAUUCAUAAAGACAGAGAUGGCAUUAGUGAGCCAAGCCUUUAAGCCAGGGCAUCUGCUCAGAUACAGAAAUAAAUACGAUUCAGGGGACACUUGUUAUCCUAUUUGUUACUAAUGCCUAAUCCAGCCAAAAUUUAUAACAAUACAGAAAAUUCCAGAGUAAGGAACUUACCUAUGCAUAAAACUGUCUUCUUUAUCAAGUUAUUAAUUUAAAAAUUAAAAUAAACAAUGUAAUGUUCAGUUUCUGAUGAAGGCACAAUGAGAGUUUCUUUAGAAACUGCAUGUACUAUGCUCUUCCUUAAAAGCUUGCACAUUGCCACUGAAAACACUUGCUCUAUGUUGAUCACAGAGAAAAAAUAGUAAGAAAUAUAAACAUGCAACACAUCUAGGAUUUUGUUAAAAUGAACACAGUUCAAGCAGGAACUUGAAUUAACUAGUUCAAGCAGAUCUUCAUCACCUUGGGAUGAACAUCUCAAUUCUUGUACCCAAAGAGGCCAAUAUUAAAUUUCAGGCACAAUUAAGGAGGAGAUAAAGUUCUGCAAUCUUCUGAGAAAGGCUAACAACACAUCUUCACAAAUACGGCAAGGACUUGAAAUGAUCAUGAAACCACAGUCCCCAAUUUGUGCUUCACAACAUUUUGCUGCAGCUUAUUCACUCAAGCAGAAAGCCUAGAAAUCUAAAAUUAAGUCUGAUGGACUCUAAGUUGUUUGACAACCUGUACUUAUACAGAACAAACUAUACUCCUUUUUGACACUGAUCUCAUGAACAGCAAAAACAAAAGUCAGGUCCCAUUUCAAUGUCUCAUGUUUAACUCUGUACCUGGUCUCUUACUCAUGGUUACACAAAACCACAUACAUAUCACCUCUUGGAAUUUCAGCUUGCUCUCCUUCAAUGCAAAUUUCCUUUACAUAACUUCACUUUCGUGAAUGAUUUUGACUGUACUGAAACCAACUUCAGAGAAAUGUAGCUAGGAUUAGAAACAACUAGAUUUGAGACACAUGUAAGGAAGUGGAUUUUCAUUAUUAGCCAUUUUUUCUUGUGUGAACUUUCCAAUUUAGCCUACCUGGAAAACACUGAUAAAAACAAAGAGAAGAGAUUGUGCCACAGAAAUUAAACUACUUCUAUUUUUGAUAAAAUCUUUGAACCCCUUGUCAAGUAAUAGGUUAGAAGAAUCUAAGUAACAGCAUAGAGGCUGUAUUAUGAAUCCGAAUAGUUUACAUUGGAAAUUAUUCAAGGUUGUUGUCUAGAAAAUAAGUGGAUUUCAACCAUAAUGCAGAGCAUAUAAUAGCGAAAAUACUCCUCUACAUAACUUUGUACAUUGAGAUUUUUAUUACACAAGAAAUACUGCUGUGUCUUUUCUUUUUUCCCUUAAUUAACAGGAUUCCUCUUCUAAUUUUCUUCAGAAAAUUUUUGUUAGUAGAUUUCAACCUAUCUACCUCUACCUUUCACCUUUUCAGGAAAUCAGUUCCUAAAAACCAUUUACUGAGAAUAAGCAUAAAGAGCAACAUCAUUAACACCCAAAUGGUGCCCAAAGCUUGAACAAAGCAGUGAGAACAUGAUGACAACCAGCAGCCUGUAACUUUAAGAGCAAGAAGUACUGGCCAUAUCUAUGUAAAAGAUGUCCUGACUGCUUGCUUAGGUCUAUAAUAAGUCACUUUUUUUUUUGCAGUAUGUAUCAGGCAGCACAUGAGACCAGCACCAUAAAGUUUCCCUUUCUAGAGAGUGAGUAUCUGCCAAACAGUACAGCCAGUUCUUCAAGAAGAUACAAAACCAGAUGCACUCAACUAGAUCAGUUUCAGGGCAUAUAACUAUUCAAUUCUUUUAACUUCUUUUAAAAAUUUAUGUAGACAGUGUAGGAAUUUGCAUCUGUAAAAUACCAGGACAGGUUUCACGUGGAGCGUAUCUUUACAUAAGAAAAGGCAUCCUACCAUUCCUUACAGUAAGACCAAGAUACAGCCUACAUGGAUAACUGACAGUUUACCAACCAUUUUCCAGCUCUUCUCCUUUCCCACCACUAUAACACACUUGGUAAAAUGAACUGUGCGGUGCCAAAUAAAAACUGAAUAAUCUACAAGAAGUUACUUUAUUUCCUUUUUUUUUUUUAAAUAUACAUAUACAAGAUAUUUUAUUUCAAAAGCACAAGAACAUUAUACAAGUUUCAAAUUUACAUUUUUGCAAUUUAAGAUACCAGUAUGUGCAUUAUCAAAUAACUUCUGUCAGCUUGGAUGGAACAGAAAUAAGUGGCAUAAGCAUCUUGCAGUCACUAAAUACAGAUUAUACUCACAGUGAACAAAACUGCAUAGUAAUUUAUGAAAUGAAAGAUGACCAUGCUAGUCAGUGAACUAUAGGGGAGCCCAUUUGCUAAAUUAGUAUGUGCAAAUGUAGACUCAACUUUCCUCUCCCACUUCUUUAGGUACAAAGAGAUUUCCAGAGCUUUAAAGAAGUUCACUUGCUCUUACCAGCUCCUGUCCUUGUAUACUACAGUUCAGACAGAAAACAAAAUAAAGUGAUCUCACUGUAUACUGGAUAAUGGAAAUUUUGUAUCAGUGAAGUGCAAGAUAACUGAAAGGUCUUGAUAACUGAAUAUGUAAAUAUCAGAGGGAAACAGUAAGAGAAUACAGGUUUGGUACCAAUGAGGCAUUUGCCAGUCUUAAUUCAAUAUUUUUGUUUGUAAGCAGUGUUUUGAUGAUAUAAAAAUCACCAGCGCAUGCAAGUUUUCAUGACAACUGUUCUAAACUCAGCAUGUGUUUCAAACAUGUUUUAGAGAAGACUAACAGCAUUAACAUCUGUCUUCUAAGAGUUUAAUAUUCAGGUUUAAAAUCUGACAGAAUCAAAAUAAGGAGAAUGGUCUUAAUUUCAAGAAAGAGAAUACCUGGAAAAUAUAUCAAAGCCAACUUUUUAUAUCACUGGGCAAGGAUUACAGCAGAAGUUUUUAAAAAGUAUUUGAAACCAGAACAAUGUUUGAGAUCAUUGGUAUUCCAUAUUUAGAUUCAUUUUGGUGCUGUGCAGUGCACUCAUACAUACAUACUCAAAAAACAUUUUUAAAAAACCCAGAAGAAUGGUAUUUAAAUCUAAAUCAUUAAUUGUGAUUCUACUAUCUCUCACGUAAUUGUGGGAAAAGAAAACAAAACAAAAAAGAAA